AAUCAGUCUAGUAAGGGUUUCUCUCUCAAUUUUCUCCUUUUCUCGUCUCCCUGCACACUCACGCUAAUAAAUGAAAACCUUAUUCUACACAAGAUAAAAAUAGAAAUAACUUAUCUAACUUUGUGGUAACUGAUGCCAAAAAUUUGAAGAAAUCUCCUAAAAUGAUCUUUUAUUUUAGAUAGAUUGUAAUGCUACAGGAGUACCACCCAGCUGCAGAAAGCCAACCAUCCUUUACAUUGGGGGCUUUUCAAAAGAUUCAAAGAAAAAGAGAGAUUCUGGACCAGCAGUCACAUUUCCACCUUGCAAUAACAGUAAUUUUGAUCAGUUACCUGCAGAUUAUGAAAAUGAAGAUUUUUAUUGGCAAACAGGAUUUAGGAUCUGCUAUUAUGAAUGGUGACAUAUAUUCUUGUGGAGGACUCAGAGGUUAUAUAACACCAGCUUUGAAAGACUGCCAAAAGAAUGUUAGAGGGCACUGGGAGAAGGCCCCUAGUAUGAAUACUGAAAGGGCAGGAUUUUCAAUGACGACUUUGGGGGAUAGUAUCAUUGCUGCUGGUGGAUUCAAUUCUAGAGGGAUUCCUCUUAAAACAACUAAAGAAUCUGGUAAAUCAUGGGGUAUGAUACCACUUGAUUCAAUUGAACUUUUUGAUGGAAAUAGCUGGAAAAAUCUUACGAACAAACUACCUCGCCCGAUUGGUUCUCACUGUGCUGUUUCUAUAAGUGACACAGAAAUAUUGUUCAUUGGAGGCGAAAACAUAUUUUCCUCCAGAAGUAAUGAUAUUAUCUCUUCUGUUAUUCACUUUGAUAUCAAUGAUGGUUUCACUGGAAAACAAAUCCCUAACAUGAAAUAUACAAGGAAAAAGUUUGGUUGUGCAAUGUUUAAAGGUGAAGUUUAUGUUGCAGGAGGGGAUGUCACUGAAGGUGUAGUAGAUGGAAGAAGGAAAAGUAAGAAGAAAACUGCUGAUAGAACCUCUGAGAUACUAAAUCUGGAAACCCUGGUGUGGUCCUUCAAUAGGGGCAAAAUCUAGUGAUACUAAUCUUCAUGUUGUGAAUGGUCAACUGAUGAUAGAUGGUGAUGACUCAGGAGAAGUAUGGAUUUUAGAUGGUGUUGGUAGAAAUUGGUUCCAUCCAACAAGAAAUAACAAACAAAAUUCAGGGGAUCGAUCAAGUUCUGUUGCAUUUACUUGUAAGUGAAUGAACACUGUCCAAAAUAUAUUUUUAAUGAAUUUUCUUGAAAGUGAUAAAAUACUUUGUCAGCUCAUAUUUUGGGCUAUAAGAUAAUUGAAGUAAGAAUAAUAGUAGAAAGAGUUUAUAUGUGUGUCGUAUAAUGUCCUAGAACUAAUUGCAUCUUCUAUUCAAAUAAAAAUGAACACAACACUGAACUUUAAGCAAACAAAUAGAUAAAUAAGAUACAAAGAAAAAAGUUUGUAUAACACAUUAACUGACAUUAAAAAAUUAUUUGAAGGGACUGUAGUUUUAAUUUUGGUGUUAGGUACUUUACCAAACCCAUUUUCUCAAGGACAACUUCCCAAGUAACAAUUUCCCCAGUAGCAACUUCCCAAGUGUGCAAUUUCCCAAACAGGAACUUCCCAAAGGUUAGUUUAGCCACUCUAAGGCGCCACAUGCUGCAGAAAUGGGGGCCAAGUGCUGCUGCUAGGAAGUUACUUCUUGGGAAAUUGCAUAGUUGGGAAGUUGCCACUUGGGAAAAUUCUUUGGGAAAGUACCUAAUAUCUUAAUUUUAAGUGGCCCAUAUUAAAAAUGUGCUGCUGGAUUUACAAUUUGAAUUUUAUAAAAAUGUAAAUGAUUAUAUUGUUUGGUAUUUUUGCUUGAAAAAUGUUCUAGUUCUGUAAAUUUUAACAUGGUUUCUUCAACAAGAAUUGUCCCUUCUGUAUAGAAACUGCAAAUGAAAAUAAUGUAAACCAGGCAUACCAUGUUCAAUCAAAGGAAAUUAUGGUCUAAAUAAAUAUUGAAAGCUUUCCAUUUUCCAUCUUCAAUGGUUCCCCAAAAAUU